AUGGCAUGCGUUGAUUGCGUCUCUGGAAACGUCCACACCGGCACCCCCGUUGGCGAGGAGAUCACCCUCGCAGGCCUCUCGACAUACGCAACAGGAGACCCCAACUCCCAGCGCAUCGUCGUCUUCGGCAUAGACGUAUUCGGCUGGCGCUUCGUCAACACCCGGCUGCUCGCAGAUGAGUAUGCCACCCGCGGCUUCCGCGUCUACAUUCCGGACCUCUUUGACGGCUACGAGCACCCUCAGUGGACGCUGAACGCCGCGGCGGAGGACAACCCGUCGUUCUUCCUCAAGCUCCUCAAGCCGCUCAUCUUGCUAACCGUCGUGCCCUUCGUCCUGCGCAACAGCAAGAGCGCGCAGUCCGCCAAGAUUGGCGGGCUCCUCGCGCACCUCCGCGCCGCCGCGCCGCCCGCCGCGAAGGUCGGCUUCAUCGGGUACUGCUGGGGCGGGCGCUACGCGCUCACGAUGAACGCGCAGUUCGACGCGACGGUCGCCGCGCACCCGUCGCUCGUCGCGUUCCCCGCAGAGCUCGACGGCAUCAGCAGGCCCGUCAUGUUCCUGCUCGGGGAGCACGACCACGGCUUCGACGGCGCGCGCGGCCGCGAGACGGAGAAGAUCCUGAAGGCGAGGGGCCUGCCCGCGGUGGAGGUGCGUGUGUAUGACGGCGUGAACCACGGCUGGACGAUCCGGUGUAAUAUGGACGACCCGAAGCAGAGGGAGGCGCGGGACGAUGCGAAGGAGCGCGCGAUCGGGUGGUUCGAGAAGUAUCUGGGGGUCGAGUCCGAGUCCGAGUCCUAG